AGAGCCUGCCGGGAGCUCCGUGCGCAAUGGCGACGCCAAGCCUCCGGGGUCGACUAGCACGGCUUGGGAAUCCGCGGAAGCCUAUAUUGAAGCCCAAUAAGCCCCUCAUCCUAGCUGACCAUGUCGGGGAACGGCGCCGGGAGAAGGGCGAGGCGACCUGUAUCACGGAGAUGUCGAUGAUGAUGGCUUGCUGGAAGCAGAAUGAAUUCCGCGACGAAGCGUGCAAAAAAGAGAUCCGCGACUUCUUCGAUUGUGCUUCGAGGGCUGAGGCAGCCCGAAAAAUGAGAUCAAUCCAGGAGGAUCUGGGACAGUUGGGGAGUUUACCCCCCAGGAAAUUGAAUAAGCUGUUACAGAGGUUUCCUAACAAGCCUCACGUCAGCUGAAAAUGGAGAAGCAUUUUCAAUGACUGGACUUAGCUUCUGAGAACUAAACGGAGGCAUUUUAGAGAUAUUUGCACUGCCAUGCUCUCUUUGAAGAGUAGAAGGAGGCAAAACACUCUUUUUUUGUCUCCCCCCCCCCCUUUGGAAACAUUAUGUGGGUGGAAAUUUUGCUUUAUUUUGAAAUAAAAUCUUUUGAAGAGAA